AUGGAGAGACAAACCUCUGAAGAAGUGAAGAAGAAUAUACUUCGUGUGAAAUCUUCAAUACAGGUUGCUCGUUUGUUAGCGUUGCAAGGGCGUGCUUUUAGAGGCCACGAUGAGUCUAUUGAGUCAACUAAUCGGGGCAACUUUAUCGAGCAUCUUCAAUUUUUAGCCGAUAACAAUGAAGAAAUAGAUAGUGUGGUGUUAGAUAAUGCUCCAUUGAAUGCGAAGUACAUAUCGCCUGAGAUUCAGAAGCAAAUUCUGCAUGUCUUGGCUAAGAAGGUAAGCACCCAUAUCUUUGAAGAAGUGGGAGAUUCUAAAUUUUCAAUAAUUGUGGAUGAGGCAAGUGACGAAAGCAAUCAUGAACAAAUGGCGAUUGUUCUUCGCUUCGUUGAUGCUAAAGGGUUUAUACAAGAGCGCUUCUUUGAUAUUAUUCAUGUGGAAGAUACAACAUCAAAGACUUUGUAUUCUGCAAUCCGCUCAGCUCUUUCUUUCUAUAAGUUCCCAAUUCAAAAUCUUCGUGGACAAGGAUAUGAUGGUGCUAGUAACAUGCGUGGUGAGUGGAAUGGAUUGCAGGCAUUAUUUUUGAAGGACUCUCCUCAAGCAUAUUAUGUACACUGUAUGGCUCAUCGUCUUCAGUUAUCAUUAGUUGCAGCUGCUAGAGAUGUGUUUUGGGUUCAUGAGUUUUUCACACACUUGUCAAGCAUCGUAACUGCUGUUACUGGAUCUUGUAAGCGCCAAGAUCAGUUAGAAGCCGCAGAAGCAUCCAAAAUUGCACUUCAGCUAGCAACAUGUGAAAUUGAGACAAGAAAAGGUGCUAAUCAGGUUAGUACUCUACAAAGACCUAGUGAUACUCGUUGGAGUUCACAUUUGAGAUCUAUAUCUAAUCUUAUCAGGUUGUAUGGUUCAACUUGCAAAGUUUUAGAGAACAUAAUGAAUGACGGAAGUAGCUCCAAAACUAAAUGGGAUGCUACUACAUCUUUAGAAAGAAUGAAGUCUUUUGAUUUUGUGUUCAAUUUGUUGAUGAUGAAGAAAAUAUUGGGCACCACUGAUAUGCUUUGUGUGGCUUUGCAACGGAAGUCUCAAGACAUCCUCAAUGCAAUUAGAUUGGUGGAAUCUACAAAAAAACUCUUGAGCGAAGUUAGGGAGAAAGAGGGGGAUUCUUUGCUGGCUGAUGUCAUUGCAUUUUGCAAGAAACAUGAUAUUGAGGCUCCUGAUCUUAAUGCUCCAUUUUUCAGAGGUCGGUCCAUCCGAAAGCGAGAUGUUACAAAUGAACAUCAUUACCAUUAUGAUGUAUUCAAUGCUGCAAUUGAUGUUCAAAUUGCAGAACUAGAGUCAAGGUUUAAUGACAGAGUUGUGGAGCUACCGAAGUUGAGCUCAAGUUUGGUUCCUAAAGAUGGGUAUAAGACGCGUUCGACAUUACUGCUAUCUGUAAGCUUGCAAAGGAGUAUUAUCCUCUUGAUUUUUCAGAAGAGGAAAUGGAUACAUUAG